AUGGAAGAAGAUUCGCCUGAGGGGGCGACGACGACGCGAUCUACACGCGUCAUGACACUAUCAACAAGAGCACGGGAAGCCUUAGCCGAUACUGAGUAUAGUACCAAAACGUCAAAGAAAACCAAUGGAACUACUAAAGUCAGAAGAGCGGCCGAUAUUAUUCAAGAUGGGCAACAGAGUAAAGACGGUAAUGAAGAAUUGCUCCUCAGGAUGGGUCGAUUUCUAGAGAAGACGCACCAUGAGCUCAAGGCCGUGAAAGAUGUCCUUGGCAAACAGGAGACCCCAAUGAAAGAAGUGCUGAAGAACCAGUUAUACCUAGUGAAGAUAGAUAACACUAACCGUACAGCGGUCAUAGAUAUGGAUGAGAACAUUCUGCUAGGAGUUACUCAAGUGCUUAGAAAAGAGAAUCGCGUUGACAUUGCUAAAAUAUACUGGCUCAGCAAAAAGGACGUAAACAAAGCAUAUGGAUCAAUGGUGGUAUAUACCACUAAAGAAGCAACGCGAAAUGGCUAUUGA